AUGGAAUCAGUAACAGCAAUCUCUCCCUGGGCGACCCUCCAGACCUUCUUCCUCGCAUUCCUCCUAGUCUACCUCUUCGGCUACUUCCUCCUCUUCGGCCGGUGGGGCCCGCGGAGCCGCCCCUUCGCCUCCAGCUGCUUCACCUCCCUCGCCCACGGCAUCCCGGCUGCCGUUGCCGCGGCGAUCGCCACCCGUGGCUCCCCGCUGCCGCCGUGGGGCCGCGCGGCCUACUCCUCCCCGAACACGGCCCUCCACGACACGGCCCUCGAGUUCAGCAUCGCCUACUUCCUCAUCGACCUCAUCCACUACCUCGUCUUCUUCCCCAGCGACGUCCUCUUCAUCAUCCACCACCUCGUCACCCUCUUCGUCCUCCUCACCUGCCGCUACGUCGUCGCCCACGGCGCCCACGCGAUCCUCCUCCUCCUCAUCCUGGCCGAGGUCACCAGCCCCUGCCAGAACACCUGGAGCCUCGCCAAGACCCGGAAAGCCGAGGCGCCCUUCGCCGCACGGUUCUUCCGCCUCAUGUCCCCAAUCUUCUUCACCUUCUACACGGUGGUGCGGGGCGUGGUGGCGCCAGCCUACGUGUGCGACCUGGUGAUGUACUAUUCAAUGGAGGAUGUGGAGGAUUCGAUACCCAAGUGGGCUUGGGUGUCUUGGGUUGUGAUCAUGGGGAGUGGGAUAUUGGUGAGCUUGCUCUGGGUCCUGAAUAACUGGAAAAUCUGGUUCCGGGAUCACAGAAGCUUCGAUGUGCAGAAAAAAGAUGGGUAA